UCUCGGCCGUACCAGGGCAUUAGGUGGCCCUGAAACAUAAUCUAGUGCACAGUAACCAAGGUAUAUUUAGUACUAAACAGUCAUUUGUAAACCAUAUAUCAUUUGUUCCAGGAACCCUCUCCAAUAAAUAGUCUUAGUAAGGCGACUGGAAAGCACAAUCUGAAUGUAUGGAAAUGAAGAUAUAAAAGCGAACUUUCAUCAGGACCCGAAACAAGUAGUUUAUGGAGUAAUCAUCAACAAAUCUUAUAGAAUAAUAAAUGACCUCUCAUUUAGUUAUUAUCAACACAGCUUGCCAUAAAUAGGUAUCGACCAAAGCUUCCACAUAAGAGUACGAAAAGAUGAAAUUAACAAGUUGAAAUAAUAGUAAUAUCAAUAAUAGUUGGGUUAAACACAAAAUAUAAUUCGAAAAAAGGAAUGAAAUAAUAGAAAUAGAAAGUAUGUAAAGUAAUAUGAAAACUCAAGAUUUAGAGGAAAAUAAUGAAUUAAUGUUUCUGUUCAACUACGGUCAAGUUCAAAUUAUGUCACUCGACUUUUCCAACGAAUGGCGCUAUCAGAUCGUCACGAAGAUCUUUUAAUAAACAUAUUUAACGUUUGUCAAAACCGAACACCUUACAUUGUUUAUGAAACAUUUGGCCCAGUACGUACUCCAUUUUAUCUGGUGAUCCUUUCCGAAUCAUUUUGUGUACCCGAGUUAAGAAAUGAUCGAAUCUCAGGUUCACACAAUUGUACACUUUCAAAAUCAACGAAUUAUUCUGAAAAUUUAGAACCUCAAACACCAAGUGAAUCAGUUACUAAUACUCAACUUGAUAAUUACAAUUCACCUAAUGAUAGCAACAGUCAGAAUCGUAGUGAAAUUGAAAUACCAAUUACUGACAACAGUAAUGCUAUCAAUUAUGAAGAAAAGAGAAAGGUUAAUUCUUUAUUGAAAGAAGUAUCCGUGUUUUAUGCACCCGAUAUGCCUGAACUCACUAUUCCUGUCUUUUACAACCAAUUAAUUGCUAGCAACAUCAAAGGAUCAGAUGCAUCUUGGGUAGGCGAUACGGAACCACCUCCUGAGGCACUGGAAUUUUCAGACGAUGAACGAGAGAAAUUGCAUAAACGCGCGCUAAAGAUGAAACGAAAAUCACAGACACUAGAACCAACAAAUUCUGCUCAAAUGUUAAACCAGCCAAAGAAACAGGACCAGCGGCAUAGUAAACCAUCAUUUGGUGUAAAGAAACAUCAAACUGCUUUUGCGUCAUGCGUUCAACCCAUAGAUCGUGCCGGUGGAUAUUCAUUUCAACAACAGUCUUGUGGCUUAAGACCUUGCAUGCCCAUCCAACCACUAAAUCACUGGGAUAUGUAUCCGAGCGUUCAACCUCAAUGGCAAAAUUCAACUUAUGGUCGCAAUAUCUGGCCUUCCUACCCCCCUACAGUACAGAAUUCCUACCCAUAUAUACCGCGAGACCCAAUGCCGCCACAACCAUUUCCAUGUCAUUAUCCUCUCCCUGAAGAACCAUACCAACAGAAUUCAUGGUCACCGUAUGGUCCAUUGUGAUUACAAAAUUAUCCGUUUCAUAAACGAUUUAUGCACAAAAUAUAAAUAUAUACGUGCAUAGCGACGAAGCGAUCUUUUUAUUAUCAUAUACCAAAUAUUAUUUUACUACCAUCUUGGAUAUAACUUUUAAGCUUGAUUGUACACAAGCGUAAUUAAUACAAUCACUUUGAAAACUAAAUUGUAGCACCUGAAAUCUCCAGCAUUACAUUUCUAAAAGCAUCGUUUGAAAAUUUGACUAGUUUUGAUGUUAACCAAGUCUUAAGAUUAUUAAUAAAGUUGCCAAAAGUCUAUGUCUAACUGAAGCUGGCAAAAACCAGUUAUUAUGAACUGAAUGCAUUAUUUGACUAUUCUCAAUGCAUAUAUUUGAUUAAUUUUACUAAAAUACAAAGAUUAUGAACAAAAAAACAUUAACUAAUGUCAGGCUCAUGAAUGUGGAGAUCCCGAUGAAGUGUAAUUCAACUUCGAAAAGGAAAAUCAACCAUUUAACUUUAUUUUUUCUAGUGUACACAAAGUGGAAUAUGAGUGUUUUAUAACAAUUCUUAAAAACAAGUGCAAUAAAGUUCAUGCCAAAAGUUAUACAUCGAUGUUUCAGUAUAUUACAAAAUGGGUUUGUUUGAAAAUGUUAGACACGGAAUGUACGUACAAUGCGGACAAUGCUUUGUCUACAUAGUGGGCAUUCAGUCAGCUUUCUUCCGCAAUCAACACAAGAAAAUAAAUGACCACAUUCUAAAAAGACACAAUUAAUCGGAGCUUCCAUACAAACCCCACAUUCGUCAUUCAAAUCAACUGGACAUUUAUCGGAUGGACAUCUCUCACUCGAUGUUCCAGCAUUCUGACAAUCUUCAACCUCAACUGCUUCAUGAGUUUCAAAUAUAGCUGUAAAGAAAAAACACAAAACAACAAAUUGACCAGUGUUAGUGUGGACAUUAUUACGGAUUCUUAUAGAAUUGUGAUCUGUCUUUCAUGCGAAUAAGCAAAACUCGAUAUUCACACUAUUUCUAUAGGCAACUUAACAAGACAAACUGAGAUAGGAGACAUUUUAGUCAAAUGGUCUGUUUUCUCGCAAUCUCAAGACGUACUUUUGUUCUAAUCAAAACUAUUACUAAUAAAGUACAUUGCUGUGAGUAUUCCUCCGGAGAUGACUAUGAUCCACUACAAUAGUUCGUUGAACAUUUUCAGCUCAGAGACCUGAUGUGUUGUACAGGGCCUCCAAAAUACUGUUAUUUUCGGGACGCUCGUGCUUAACAGACAAUCUUAGAGCGGAAUCCGGUCUAACGAGCAGAAAGUGUUCUUGAUAUUAAGUCAUGAUUGUUGCUCUGCAAAGUCCUUCACGAGACAAAGAUUAUUUUUUUACACUCACAAAGGCAUCGUCUGAAGCUCAUGUAGCCGAGUGCGCUAAUCUGACCAAAAGUUUUGGAUUUGAUUACUCUUUAAGGUGGUUUACGAAAUAAAGCUCCAUAACUAAUACAAAACUGAGAUGCUUUUCUGUUGUAUCCCCUGGCGAAUUAUGAAUCAUAAAUCUGAGGUCCAUUUAUGGACAAAUGUAGUACGCCUAUUCCUAUUGGAUAGUUGUUAAAUAAGUGACCUAAUCGUUUCCGUGUUCCUCUUAUCAUACCUUUAUUUUGACCUUGGAACUAUUAUUAUUGAUUACUUUCCCCCUAGCUACAGCCACAUUGGCCAAUCACUGUACAAAUGUUAUUUUUCUAUUUUUGAUAUAUGUGGUCUGUUUGGUUAGUAUAUAUAACCCAGUAUGCUUGUAAAUAAUGAUUCAUAUUGCUGAGGCUGUU